UGUGACACUAUUUCAAAAUUGUGUCAACACGACGCAACGGCGGCGGGAGGCGGACUCUCAGCGGCCCCCGAAGCAGCGUUAGCGGGCGGCGGCAGUCGACGCUCGUCGCCCGACCGUCCUCCGGUCCGGUGAAUACAGCCUCCUCGUCUCCCUUGUAUGGAUUAAUCGCAGCUAACAGAGAACGGACCCAGUGCGACCCACGCGUUCCCCGCGGUCGCUCGCUGAGCGCCAGGCGCCCGCGAGACCUUGCCCCGCGUAGCGCGCACGUAGCUCACUCGAGCUACGAAAUCGUAGCCUUUCACCCGUAACGCCGGCUCCGCCUUUAGCGAAGCUAUUUAAAAACAUGCCAUUAAUACAUCCCCUUUUGUGUUUAAAUGACGAGACUAAUGUCACGUUGGAACACCAUGAGAGGCAGCGGUGAAUUAAUUCGUCUAAUUCUUCGUGCUUUUUCAGUGCUAGAUUAAUUGUUUGUUUAGCGAUGUCUACGCACCAAGCCCAUAGGAAAUAAAAGCGACCAUGAUUCAUGUAGACAAUUUCAAGCGUCCCUCUCCGUCACCAUCGCGUUGCUCAGUUCGGAGCGACAGCCGAGUAUUCCGUCAACCGCGCGUCAUUCAGGUGAACCGUGACGCCGCCACCAUGAUGGACGAUGAGACCAGCGCUGUCGGAGGCUCUGGCAGCGGAGCGGAGCCCGCUCACCCGUCAGAGUAUGAAUCACACGUCAGCCAACAUGCUGCCCAUUUCCGAUCGCGAACUUUCAGUGAUGGAUUCAUAAGAAACACCAGCCUGGAAUUAUUGCUCGGAGUAGAUUGUGAAGCUUGUUUGGCACUCGCCGCACAACAACACUGUAUCAACGAACCCAUAUCUGAAAAAGAUUUAGAUUUGGUAUGCAAUUGUAAUGUUCGGCAAAACAAUUACUUAAAUUGUUAUCGCGACUCUUUCAAGCAACGAGGACAUACUCUUAACAUUUAUGACAUAGAAAGGAUCAAACGAGAUACGGGCCGAAGUAGCCUAGCCAUUGGCUCACACCGUAGCCUAGACAGAAAGCACUACAAAAGCAAGACUAUUGGAGUAUCGAGCUACAUUUCAAAACAGUUCAUAUCGUACGAUCCAACCAAUACACUUGUUCAAAAAAUUAAAAGAAAGUUGUCUAAUUUAAAAAAAGUAAAAGCUGAACCAAUCAUUAAAAAACCACAAAAUGCACUUCAACUUGCUGAGAUGGCAUCCGGUUCAACGAACUCACUUAAAAGGCUAUCUAUGCUGUCACUUGUAGAUAAAUCACAUAGAAAAUUGGAUAGUCAAAGUUGCAUAUUCUCUUCUUCGGGUCUUCAAUCAAAAGAUGAUCUAAAAAAUAAUAUGACAACGUAUGAAAACUUUUCUUCUAACAUAGAUCAAUGUUUCGAUCGACUUCAAAGUUGUAACGAAAAUAUCAAUUCGCAAAAAAAACCACAUCCGAGGAGCUUUGAAAAUAACGACGAACAUGCAGUUAGAAGUUCGCCGUUGAUUAAAUUUUCAACACUCGAUAAUCGAAGUCGUUGUAGAAGUAUUAGAAGACAGCUGUCGUGUAACGAGUUUCCCAGCGAUAGAUUCAGAGAUCGAGUAUCAGAGUCGUGGACGCAAGAUGAAAAUGCUUUUCUUUCGAGAAAUUCGCGCAACGCUGUGGAUGAUACACAGACAUUUGUUGAAGCUGAUAAAGUAAUGAGGAGUUCCACGCACAAUGCCCAUGUACUGUGCACUUGUAACAGCCACCAUGACAACAGAAUGCCUUCAAUUUUUUAUGAUGUACACGGCAAAAAGCGAACAACGCCAGCUCCAGAUGUCACAGAACGGUCACAAGCGCGGACACCUGCCUGUGCAGCCUGCAAGCCUGCCCAGUGGCUCCCACCUGGCACUACUUCGACCACUAGCCACAGCUCGGCCACCACUGCUAAUUCUUCACGCUUGUCGGCAUGGCACCGCCGUUGGUGCUGUGUCGCGAUCUUGGUGCUGGUGGCGGGGACUGCCUGCGUCGCCGGUCCGCUGGCGCUGCGGGCCCCGCCGGGCGCGCCGCUGCACGAGCGACUGCGCCUCGCGGAGAGACUGCUGCACGACACGCCGCUUGUCGAUGGUCACAAUGACCUACCAUGGAACAUAAGAAAGUUUUUACACAAUAAAAUCAAAGAUUUCAGAUUCGACGAAGAUCUCCGUACGAUAUCUCCAUGGGCGACGAGCUCCUGGAGUCAUACAGAUCUACCACGUCUCAAACAAGGUCGCGUCGCGGCUCAGUUCUGGGCCGCAUACGUGCCCUGCGAUGCGCAACACCGGGACGCAGUGCAAUUGACCUUCGAACAAAUAGACCUAAUCCAGAGGCUCACGGACAAGUACCAUCCACAACUAACAUUCUGCACUUCUGCUGAUGAUAUAUUGUCGGCUCAUGCAAAUCACAGGCUUUGUUCACUCGUGGGUGUAGAGGGCGGCCACGCCAUUGGAGGCUCUCUAGGCAUCCUCAGAACACUAUACCAAGUCGGCGUUCGUUACUUGACACUUACUUCCACUUGUGACACGCCUUGGGCUGAGUGUGCGUCAACCGAUCGGCCAGAUUCUCUUCAAAGAGGAGGAUUGACGCCGUUCGGCAAGGUGGUCAUAAAAGAGAUGAAUAGGCUGGGCAUGUUGGUGGACUUGUCACACGUGUCCGAGCGGACCAUGCGUGACGCGCUCUCUGUCUCGCGAGCACCUGUCCUCUUCUCGCAUUCAUCAGCUCGCGCGAUAUGCAAUGUGACUCGCAACGUCCCAGACAGCAUUUUGCGGCAACUGGCAGCAAACAAGGGCCUCAUUAUGGUCAAUUUUUAUACAUCCUUCUUGACGUGUAGAGACACUGCUACAGUUCAAGAUGCUAUAGAACACAUAAAUCACAUACGCGACGUCGCAGGUGUAGAUAGUGUUGGACUAGGCGCCGGUUACGAUGGGAUCAAUUACACACCGCAGGGCUUGGAAGAUGUAUCAUCCUAUCCACUCCUUUUUGCCGAAUUAAUGGAAGAUGGGUGGAGUAUAGACGAUCUGAAGAAGUUGGCUGGUCUCAACCUUUUGCGUGUGCUGAAUGCCGCGGAACGUGUCUCCCGAGAACUGGCCUCUGCCCAUGUGACGCCGUAUGAAGAAGUCGCUCCGCGCAUAAUCGAUGGCCACAAUUGUUCCAGCCAAGAUGUCUAGCCUUCUGAGGCAAUAUCGUUAUACAAUAGCGGUAUCACUUGAGUUCUUUUUUAUUUAACUCGGAAGAUAAUAGGUACCCACAUUAAAAGAUGCAACUUUGAACUCAUCUGUUCCGUAAGUAAGGAAGUUAUUCGGAAACGUGAUAUCGCUAUUGUUGACACUUGACAGACCAUAGACCUCUUGAUAAAGGUUUUUUAAAUUUAGAACUUAAAUUUUAUAUCCCAAGCUUUAAUAUUUUAGUACAUAUUUAAAAUAACUCAUUGUAGAACUUAUAGGUGACAUCCUAUGCAUUAGGAUAAUUUUUUAUAAAUAAAUGUCGAGAAGAUUAUUAUUGAUAGUAUAUAUUAUGACAAAUAUCUAAUCUUUAGGAGUAAUAAUGUACCUAAGUGAAGAUUUUUUAAAUUAAAGCUGCGCUAAAUUUUUCCGUACAAACUUAUAGGUAGGUAAAAUGAAAUAGGUCCUUAUUAUGGGCUUAGUAGUAAGGAGCGCAAUUUGUAACUUACCUAUUAAUUAGUUAUCGAAUUAAUUCUUCUUCGGAUUAAAAUGUCUUCAGUGAAAAUGUCAUAUCAUGUUUUAGAAUUUAACUAAAGAGUACUUUCUGACAUAUUACUUAAUAAGCUUAAAAUUUAAAUUACUUGAAGUACCUACCUAAUCUUUAUACCUACUUAGGUCCUAACUUUCUUUUUCAUUGGAAAGAGUGUAGUACUUUCUACCUACAUACCUAGUAGGUAAUUAUUUUACUCAUACCAAAAUUGUAUCUAGGUACAUUCCGGUGUUCGUUAUUUUUAAAAGAAUUGUAUUAUUUAUUGUUAUACAUACCUAGCACCUAGAUAUUUUAUAGACUAAGUCAGUAGGUAGGUACCUAGUAAAAUUACAUCCAACAUGAACCUACUAUCGUGUAUACCUACUUACAUUUCAAACUUUAAAGAUAGUAAUUUUGAAAUUAAUAGAGUAGAAAAAUGUUGUGGAUAUAGGUACAUAAUAUUACUUAAAAGCAUUUUUACCUACUUACAAAA